GGACUGUUGACAUUAAGAAAAACUAACGAAGACAAUAACGAAGAAUAACGGAUUAAUUACCGGAGGAUUACCGUCACAUUACCGGAGGAUUUACCGGAGGGGUGAACGGAGCGGCGCCGGUAGUCUGAGCUCGGCUCCCAGCAUGCACCUCUUCUAGCACACAGCAUGAGAGGCGAUGAAGAGGCCAAAGUUCGCCGGAGUCUUCCUCUCCGCUGGCUUCCUGCUGGCUUACCUGAUGUUUGUGAAGCGUCACUACGCCUCCACCAAUCCCCAUGGCAACAGACUGCCCCCCCACCUGCAGCAGCCCCCCCACCCCGACCCCGACCCCCCCACAGGAACCACCGGCUUCCAGUACGGCAUCAUGUUCGACGCUGGAAGCACCGGGACCAGAAUCCAUAUCUUCAAGUUCCACACAGACAGCAGAGGAGCUCCUGAACUCUCCAAGGAAACGUUCAGAGCCAUCAAACCUGGACUCUCUGCCUACGCUGAUGAUCCUCAGAAGUGCUCCUCAGGUAUAUCAGAGUUACUGGAGGAGGCCCAGAGGAGCGUCCCCCCCUCUCUCUGGAGUAGGACUCCUGUGGUGUUGAAGGCGACGGCUGGUCUGCGUCUGCUGCCGGGAGAGAAAGCUCAACUGCUGCUGGACACGGUGAAGCAGCUGUUUAUAGAGUCUCCCUUCCUGUCUGCUGAGGACAGCGUCUCCAUCAUGGACGGCACUGAUGAAGGGAUCUCCGCCUGGAUCACCGUGAACUUCCUGACUGGAGGACUCCACCGGUCCGACUCCCCCACGGUGGGGAUGCUGGAUCUGGGGGGGGGGUCCACUCAGAUCACCUUCAGCCCCCAGGACGAGAAAACCAUCCAAACGUCUCCGAUCGAGUUCAUCAGGUCCUUCCAGAUGUUCAACAACACACACACGGUCUACACACACAGUUAUCUCGGUUUGGGUCUGAUGUCGGCUCGACUCUCCGUGUUAGGAGGCGUGGAGGCUCUGCCCUUAGGGGGCAGCACCCAGCUGGUCAGCCCCUGCCUUGCUCCAGAGUACUCGGGCAGCUGGGAACACGAUGACAUCAUCUACACCGUCAGUGGCCAGAAGGCAGGGGAGCCCGUGUAUGAUGCGUGUCGUGUGAAGGUGGAGAAGCUUCUCUACAGGAAAGUGUUUAAAGCUUCGGAGGCUGCGGACGUUGAGUUCUACGCUUUCUCUUAUUACUACGAUCGAGCUGUAGACCUGGGACUCAUAGAGGAGCAGACGGGAGGAAGCGUCAGAGUGUCAGAGUACAUCGAUGCUGCUAAAAGAGUGUGUAGUUCUCCGUCUCCUCUCCAGAGUCCGUUUCUGUGUCUGGAUCUUGUUUACAUCUCAGUUCUGCUGCAGGAGCUCGGCUUCCCCCCCACCAAGUCCUUCAAGCUGGCGCGCAGCAUCCAGCAGGUGGAGACCAGCUGGGCUUUAGGAGCAACGUUUCAUUACCUGGAGACCCUGAACGCAUCAUGACGCCGCGCUCCUAUUGGCUGGUGGCUCCCAGGUGCUGCAGACUCUUGACUCUGAUUGGAUGAACGAACCAAUGGUUGCAGCCAAUCAGAGACACUCCUGCAGCCAAUCAGAGACACUCCCAGCUCCUCACCUGCAGGAGUCAUGUGACCCUGACCGUCCAAUCAGACGCUUCACACACAGUGACCUCACACAGUCUGGCAGCAACGUUUACAUUUUAUGUGUUUAACAGUUAAACCUGCUCCUUUAAACCCUGACCUGCUCCUUUAAACCCUGAUCUGCUCCUUUAAACCUGCUCCUUUAAACCUGCUCCUUUAAACCCUGAUCUGCUCCUUUAAACCCUGACCUGCUCCUUUAAACCUGCUCCUUUAAACCCUGACCUGCUCCUUUAAACCUGCUCCUUUAAACCCUGACCUGCUCCUUUAAACCUGCUCCUUUAAACCCUGACCUGCUC